AUUGGAAUGCUUAAUUACUAAGUGUUUGAUUUAAAAUAGUUAAUAUCAUAUGUAUUUACAUAACGUUUGAUCAAGAUGUCGAAAGGGUUUUGGACUUUGUGUGUUAUGUUUUUUAUAUUCUCCACACACUUACAUAUCGGUUACAGUGAUAGACAAGAUGAAGAAAAUGUCCUUAUGGAAGCUGACAAAGGGACUCUGACAUGCUAUUUCUGUCGUGGUAUGGGUCCGGACAAUGACUGCGAGAAAUUCGAGCCUUAUAAAGAUGCCAGGGACGCCGCGGACGCUGGGAGACAACAUGAUGGUCCUGUCAUACUAAAGAAGUGCUCAUCACCGUUUAAUAAGUCAUGCAUUAUUGAAACAUACGCUAACAACAAUGGGGAGGUCGCUCACGUACGAGACUGUAGUGAUGAUAAAACGUUUGACUUUACAGAAAUUGCGACAAAUAUUUCCAGUUACUCUCGUCUGCUCGGUCUCCGUGACAAUAAUGAAACCGCGUGCACAUACGAUGGCCAGAAUAUGGUUUGUCUGAGUAAAUGUGGUCACAGUGAAAACUAUACAGACUUUUGUAACGGCCCUCAGUUUGGCAGUACAGAUAUGACGUCAUUUUCAAAAAUAUUGUUUUUGACAAUAACAUUUUGUUAUAUUUUGUUAUACCCAUGAUAUUUGUUGUGUGACCAAUGCAUUUGGAUGCUUUUAUAAAUGAAUAGUGUUUAAAAGUCACUGAAUUAUUCUACGAUUGUUAGGUAAGGAAUGCACUGUAUAAUUGUCGGAAAAAUACACAGAUCUGGAGACAAAUCCCUGUAAAAUUAAAUGUUAUUAAAAUUUAUUGAAACAUGC